UUUAUGAGCUUGUUAGGAACCGUGAAAUGUUAAUACCAUUAAAACUAUAAUAGAUUACAAAUAUUUGUCGCACAAAUGAUUGGGACACGGUGGGGUAUAGGGGCUGGUCAUUGAAAACAUGAAAACUAUAUUAAAACAAAUUGCAGCACAAAUGUAGCGCUAACGAUUGGGACUGGUUUGGGGAGAUGUUGACAAGGUGGGGCUUACUGGCAACUGACCUGUGAAGGCCACAUGUAUUUUUUUUAUUUCUUAUUUUGUCAUUUUUCUCCUUUUUUGAAAUGUAAUCACUCGUGUCAUUCGUUUUAAAUGAGACCGGUAAUCAGGCCGUUGCAAUAAAGGUGUUUUUUAUUUCAAGAUGGCCUCGGGCUUCAGUGCACGCCGUGGCUUUUCUGCACAUUUGGGCUUGAUAGCUUUAACAUGGCCCGCUGGGACUGCUGUGUUACCAUGGCGAUGCAGCAACUUUUUUUUAAUUUUUAAAGGAAGACGUAAGAAUAAAAAUAAAAUAGUUUGCACAGAGCAACAAAAUUGCGAAUUUCAAUUUAUGAGCUAUGAAAAAAAAAAAGAAUUGUGUAGCACAGUGUUUUUCAACCACUGAGCAGUCUGGUGUGCCGUGGGAGAUUAUCUAAUUGCACCUAUUUGGGUUAAAAAUAUUUUUUGCAAAACAGUAAUUAUAGUCUGCAAAUGAUGUGUUGUUGUUGAGUGUCGGUGCUGUCUAGAGCUCUGUAGAGUAACCGUGUAAUACUCUUCCAUAUCAGUAGGUGGCAGCCGGUAGCUAAUUGCUUUGUGGAUGUCAGAAACAGCGGGAAGCAGCGUGCAGGUAAAAAGGUAUAUAAUGCUCAAACCAAGAAUAAACAAAAGGUGAGUGCCCCUAAGAAAAGGCAUUGAAGCUUAGGAAAGGCUAUGCAGAACGAAACUAAAACUGAACUGGCUACAAAGUAAACAAAAGCAGAAUGCUGGACGACAGCAAAGACUUACUGUGGAGCAAAGACGGCGUCCACAAUGUACAUCUGAACAUGACAUGACAAUCAACAAUGUCCCCACAAAGAAGGAUAAAAACAACUGAAAUAUUCUUGAUUGCUAAAAACAAGUAGAUGCGGGAAAUAUCGCUCAAAGGAAGACAUCGAACUGCUACAGGAAAAUACCAAAAAAAAGAGAAAAAACCACCAAAAUAGGAGCACAAGACAAGAACUAAAACACUACACACAGGAAAAAAGCAAAAAACUCCAAAUAAAUCAGGGUGUGAUGUGACAGGUGGUGACAGUACACCUACUUUGAGACAAGAUCUAUAUUGAUGCAUGGUUGCAUGGAUCCACUUUAAAAUCCUCCUCCUCACCCACAAAGCCCUCCACAACCAGGCCCCCUGCUACCUCACCAACCUGCUUCACCGCCAUACCCCUUCACGCAGCCUCCGCUCCUCCGACGCCAACCUCCUCUCCCCACCACUCAGAACCAAGCUCCGGACCUGAGGUGAUAGAGCCUUCUCCAUCGCUAAUCCCACCCUCUGGAACUCUCUCCCCAAACCCAUCCGUGACUGCUCAGACAUUCCUACCUUCAAAAGCCUUCUCAAAACACACCUAUACCAAAUAACAUGUAUUAUCAUUAUUAUGGUUGGUUAUGGUUUAAAUUAAUAUCCAACAAUUGCGACAACGACUUUUUACUGUCAACUGAGUUUCGUUUUUGAAUGAUUUCUGUUGGUGGUGUGCCUUUUUCAACGCAAAAAUGUGCCUUGGCUCAAAAGAGGUUGAAAAACACUGGUGUAGCAAGCAUAGACAUCUUAUAAGUAGACGCAGCAUUGGCUGCUGUGACGCGAGAAAUUCGGCCGCCAUCUUGAAGUGGUGAUGAGGAGCCGGCGAGCAGCCGAAACUGACAGUUGACAGGUAGAAAACAAAGAUGCCGGGCUGGUGUUCGGCGUUUUCCUGCUCAAAUGAGCAAACUGUUGAAAAUAGGAAUCGGGGGAUUACUUUUCACAAGUAAGAUUUAAACGUUAACGUACUACUGGUUGUAUUUUGUGAAAAUAAUAUUACCACAGAGUUGAGAAGGAGCAAAGAUCUUCAGUGGUACUGAAAUAGUAGCCAUAAUAGAAUUGCUUGUCAAUUAAAUUAAUUACAUUUAAAAAUGUCAUACUUGAAUAACAAAGUUGAAAUAAAUGAUGACGAUAAAGAUUGUACAAGCCAAAUUGGUGGUUUUAGCUUAUAUAAAGACUUCCAGGUGUUAAUAUAUGUUUAUGUUUAAGUAUUUGGCAGACGCUUUUAUCCAGAGCGACAUACAUAAAAAAUACAUAUAAAACAAUCACUGUAAACAUGAUCAUUUAAGGGAAUAAUGUAAUACAAAAGAUCAAUUACAAAGUGUCAAGACAGAAUAAACUCUCUGCUGCUGCAGCAACAGAGAUACAGUUUAUAAGAUAUAUAGAUAUCUAAUGUAUUCAUACAUUGUUUAUGUAGGAUAUACGCAUGUAUAUAUAACCUAAUCAUAUUGUUACUUCAAUUUAAAAAUAGAAGACCGUUUUUUUUCCCUUCUCUGAGAUUAUAUUCCCAGUUUUGAUCUCGAACGUCUGGUCACUUAUAGAAUAUAAGAAUAUUCUAUUACUGUCAAGCAAACUAUGAAAAAUAAAACACGCCAAAACAUGUGUCCUUUAUCAUAGCUACAUGUAUGACAAAAAAACACCGCGUGAAAAUUAGUGGUAUUCAGUGAGAUAAGAUUAAUUAAAUGCGCUGACAGUUCAUUGAGUGGAGCGGAUCACCACUCCAAGAUGGCGGCCCCGCGUCUCGUCAGCGCCAGUAGGCAGUAGCGCUCGAUGCUGCGUCUACUUAUAAGAUGUCUAUGGUAGCAAGUGUGUGUCUUUUUACUGCAAUUGUACUGGCUUUCAGGCUCACUAAACUACACUACCCAUGAUGCAUUGCGACUUCCUUGGUUGUAUGUCAUCAGCAUCGGCCGCGUCAAGCAUGACUUAAAAAUAACUGUUAAAAGGGUAUUAGUAUUUGUUUCCUUUUUCAACUCCAUAAACCACAUAGCGAGCCUCAAGAAAGUCAGUCCGUGCUGUACGACAUGUCCUUCUAAUCCGACAAAAACGACCUCACCAGGCGGCGAGGUCGCCCAAACUGAGCUAGCAACGAUGCUACAAACACGAGUAGCUCGCUCUCCUGCUCGCUUGCUUGAUUGACAGCUACUUCAAGUUUGAAUUUAAACUUCUUCUUUUUUUAAACUCGCUGUUUCUCGACAAUGAGAGACUAUCAUGGUGCUCCUGAGAGAAGGGAUGUGUCCUGGACUGGAUGAAGUUUUACUACGCCGCUUGCGAGACGCUCAUAUUAAAACAGUGGAAGACCUGGUCUCGUCCAGCACUGAAGAGCUUGCAGAGAAAUGUUCGGUGUCAUACACGGCUCUGCUAACAAUCCGCAGAGUGCUGCUGGCACAGCACGCCGCCUUCCCGGUGUCGGGCGCCGAUCUCUACGAUGAACUGCUCAGCUCCACCGCCAUUUUGUCCACUGGGAAUCCCAACUUGGAUGUUUUACUGGAUUCAGGCGUGUACACCGGAGAGAUCACAGAGCUAGCAGGUGGACCAGGAAGUGGCAAGUCUCAGGUGUGUUUUGGCGUGGCGGUGCACAUUUCGCACCACCUGAGGCAAAAGGUGGUCUACGUGGACACCACAGGGGGUCUGUCGGCGAGUCGCCUCCAGGAAAUGUUGCAAAGCGAGACGAGCAGCGGCGAGGAGCAGAUGGAAGCUCUGCAGAGGAUUCACGUCCAUCGCGUCUUUGACGUUUAUUCUCUGCUCCGGUGUUUGCAUCGUCUUCGCAGCGGAGAACUCCAGCAGGCGUGCGGCGGCGGCGGCGUUGGCGGCGGUUCUGUCAAGGCGCUGAUUGUGGACUCCGUGUCGGCCGUGAUCGCUCCUCUGCUGGGAGGAAAACAUCAUGAAGGCACGUUCAUGAUGAGUCAAGUGUCGGCGGCUCUGAAGACGAUCGCUAAAGAUUUCAACAUGGCCGCUUUGGUGACCAAUCACGUGUCGAGGAACGCCGACGGCGAGCUGCAGCCGGGCCUUGGCGUGUCUUGGAGCCACGUCCCCAGAACCAGAGUUCUGCUGGAAAGACCUCCAACCGUUGCCCUCCGCACACCCGCACUGCGCUCUGCCACCAUCAUCAAGUCCUCCAGAAGGCCGUGUUUCAUCCAAGCCGAGAUUGAUCUUCAGUGGUGGAGUCGCUCUAAGCACGGAGGAACAGGCAAGAGGAAGCUGCACCAAACGGAUUCCUGACAAAGAAUCUUCAGCCCCUGGGUUACCAUGGCGACGAUGUGAAACUGAAAACAGUCCUCAGCCCUUAGGUUACCAUGGCGACGAUGUGACACGUUCAGUCAAUGAGAAAGAGUGGUUCAAUUGAUGACUUUAACACAAAGAAGAAAUAAUCCUGAGACGCUAGCAGGGGGCGACCACACGGCGCUUGCGGAUGCACUCCCAUAUCCACCGCGCCGACACUUUCUGCGCCCGGCUGUCCUCCACGGGCUCGCUCAGCGUGUGCGUGGCCAAGGUGGAGUUGUACUCGGCCACCAGGUCACCGUCGUACGCCACAAAAUAACGCCGCAACUUGUCAAAGUCGUCGGCGCCCGCAGGCAGGAAGAGCUUCACCCCACUGAAGAUGUCCAAUAGCGUCUGCAAGAGAGUAUGAAUCAGGGCCCAUUUUAAUAUAGUUAUUUCAAAAACAUGAAGUGUUUAUUACCCAACAUGCUUCACUGCCUGUGGGACUUUUUUUUUUUCCACCAAUAAAUUGCAAUAUACGUUAUUUAAAUAUGACUGUCUGCGAUUGUACAGGAUGUGACCAUUAAUGAUGAUUAGUGAAGGGAAUUACAUUUAUAUGGCACUUUUCUCUAGAGUCAAACCUGUUAUCUACAUCUUUAAGCUACAUUUAAACCAGUGUCUCUGGGUAAAGUGUCUUGCCCAAGGACACAAUGGCAGAAGCUGGAAUUGAGCCUGGAACCAUCAAGAUGCUGACACAAAAGCUCUGCCGACUGCGCCAAGCGCCAUUUAUACUAACAAUUAUCAAUUUUCAAAUGAAUCGCAAUUCUAACUUGUAACACUUCUUUUAAUCCAAAAAAUCUAUUAAAAAAAUUUACUUUUUAAAAAAAGUACAUAUCCUGUCUGCUGAUUAGCCACUCAGGGUAAUCAUAUUGUUGAUGUAAAUCUGCAGUACAAAUGUACUUUAGAAAAGAAGUGUUGGAUACUUCUCUUGUUGCCUUAUUUGUAUUUCACUUUAUUAAAUGUUGGGGUAGAAUUUUUUUAAAAAUGUGUUUUAUUUUAGGUUGUAUAGAAAUGUAUCAGAGCUGUUUAUUUUAUGGAAGAAUGUAGUUAAUCAUAAAACUGGCACCCAAUGUUAUUAAAAAGUAUUGCUUUU